GUCUCUCGCUCGCACGGGCUUCAAAGAAAAGCGAAUCUCACACGCUCUUUGAAGAGAUUGUUACGCCGGACAACACUACAUUAUACAUUACAGGGGGUGUUGUUCUGGGGUUCUUUCUCUCAAAAACCGAGAGAUAUUGAGUGAAAUAAGAAAAAAUGGAAGCUUUUUACUAUUUGGUUUUUGGUGCAUUAAGUGCUGUAGUGUUUGGAGUUGAGAUAAGCAAGACAACAAAAGAUCGAAUCAAUACAUCUCCUGCUUUCAAUUCUUUCAAGAAUAACUACCUUGUAGUGUACUCUCUUAUGAUGGCUGGUGAUUGGUUGCAAGGUCCAUAUGUUUACUUCCUUUAUACUACAUAUGGCUUUGGGAAAGGGGAGAUUGGACAGCUUUUUAUUGCUGGUUUUGGGUCCUCCAUGCUGUUUGGGACGAUUGUUGGAUCUUUGGCUGAUAAGCAGGGUCGAAGGAGGGCAUGUGUGACUUAUUGCAUUACCUAUAUACUGAGCUGCAUUACCAAGCAUUCUCCUCAGUACAGAGUUUUAAUGAUAGGCCGUGUCUUGGGAGGUAUCGCCACUUCUCUCCUAUUUUCAUCAUUUGAGUCAUGGCUGGUUGCAGAACACAAUAAGAGGGGCUUUGAUCAACAAUGGCUGUCACUGACAUUUUCGAAGGCAAUUUUUCUGGGAAAUGGUCUUGUGGCUAUCUUGUCAGGAUUGUUUGGAAACUUUCUUGUAGAUACAUUUCAACUUGGCCCUGUGGCUCCUUUUGAUGCUGCUGCAUGCUUUCUUGCAAUUGGAAUGGCCAUUAUUUUGUCAUCAUGGACAGAGAACUACGGAGAUCCUUCAGAGAACAAGGACUUGAUUGCCCAAUUCAGGGGUGCUGCCAUGGCCAUUGCUUCUGAUGAGAAAAUUGCUUUGCUGGGUGCAAUUCAGUCUCUGUUUGAAGGUUCUAUGUAUACCUUUGUGUUCCUCUGGACACCUGCUUUGAGCCCAAACGAUGAGGAAAUUCCUCAUGGAUUUAUUUUUGCGACAUUCAUGUUGGCAUCAAUGUUGGGAAGCUCUAUUGCAUCUCGGUUGAUGGCCCGCUCAUCACCCAGGGUUGAGAGCUACAUGCAGAUUGUUUUCAUUAUCUCAUCAGCAUCUCUUCUGCUUCCUAUUGUAACCAGUUUCUUAGUAGCACCUUCUAAAGUUAAGGGUGGUGGCAUCUCAUUAUCAGGCUGUCUCCAGAUGCUUGGCUUCUGCACCUUUGAGGCUUGUGUAGGGAUAUUCUGGCCUUCCAUUAUGAAGAUGAGGUCCCAAUACAUUCCUGAGGAGGCCAGGAGCACCAUCAUGAACUUCUUCCGCAUUCCACUCAAUAUCUUUGUGUGCGUUGUUUUGUACAAUGUCAAUGCAUUCCCUAUCACUUUUAUGUUUGGUAUGUGCUCGAUUUUCCUCGUGGUGGCAUCUAUCUUGCAGAGGAGGCUCUUGGUGAUUGCAGAAAAGCAAAAGACAGAAGUCUGGGAAAUGAAGGGAAGGGAUAACGAGGCAGAGCCACUGAACAUUUGAUCAAACAGACCGAUUACUUUUGGAAACAACAACCACCCAAUUCAUUCUAUAUAUCUGUUGUGCUUCCAGCUAGUUCGAAGUUUACAUAUGAUUUAACCUUGAAAUCAACAAGGAGAAUAUAGUGAUCUGUCUUCAAAGAAGGAGGAGAUACAAACAUGCCUCUUUGACUUCUACAAUCAUUCAUUUUUGGCUGUCACUUAUUUGACAGAGUAGUAGUAGUGUAUUAGUAGCAGCCUCUUUUGAUACAAACAUGCCUCUUUGCUUAUUACUGCAAGUCUACAAAGUAAUUCAUGUAAUUGGUUUCAAAACUUGGUCUAUAAGUCUGUACUCUCAAUUUAAAUUAUAUAUGGCUUCUCAAUGUGCUUACCUAUUUGA